AUGGCCUCGGAUAACGGUCCUAUCGCGACCGAAGCCCCCCUCCUGGCAGCGACAACGCCCGUCGCAUCAGACGCUUUCGCGCUCGGGGGAGAUCCCGCUCGCACGAAGUCGCUCAAGAGAGCUCGCGAGACCACUCCCACCUCGCCCACGUCUGCUGUUGACCCUGCCGUCGAUCCCGCCGCUGCUGCUUCAUCCGUCCCCUCCUUCGACUUUCCCUCCCCUACGAAGUCCGCCCGCUUUGCUUUGGCCUCAACACGCCGCUCGCCCACGCCCUUGACAGCCGCCGCCGCCCUCGAGGCCCUCGAAGAAGAGCGAAAGAGGGAACAGCGCCUGAAUCCACCCGGUUCCAGCGAUAACCCCGGCCACUCGGUCCUGUCCGUCCUCGCCGGUAGUGUCGCUGCCAUGAGCCGCCCCGACGAGGCCCCUCAAGCUCCUACAGCUUCCAUGGAAGCCUCUACCAAGGAUCCUCAAUCCGUCUCGAUACCGCAGGUCGACAAUGCACCUACAGAAACCGUAGACGUCAGCCCGCAAAGCGCGACGAGCGUCGCGAGCAUAGCUGGUGCUCUGGUAACGGCUAGCCCGGGCCCAAUGGACGUUGACAACAAGAGUAACGAGCAGCAGCCUCAACAGCCUCAGCAGGAGCCCCAAUCCCAACCCCAGGCCCAGGCUCAGGCUCAGGCUCAGGCUCAUACCCCCCAACCGCCGCACCCGGCCCCUGCUCAAGAAGAUAAGACUACGCCCGGAUCACUAUCAUACCCCGGGUCACUCCAAGCCGCUGCCAUGAUGCCCGCACCACCGGCACGCGGCAUGAGCUUUCCCAUGCCAUCGCCCGGCCACGACUCGCCGACCCAGUCGUCCGGCAAGAAACACAAGUGCCCGUUCUGCGAGACGGAGUUUACGCGCCAUCACAACUUGAAGAGCCAUUUGCUCACACACAGCCAGGAGAAGCCGUACAUAUGCCAGGAGUGCACGAUGCGCUUCCGACGACUGCAUGACUUGAAGCGUCACAGCAAACUUCACACCGGUGAAAAGCCCCAUGUGUGCCCCAAGUGCGAUCGCAAGUUUGCCCGCGGUGAUGCGCUGGCUCGACACAGCAAAGGCGCCGGCGGAUGCGCCGGUCGCCGGUCAAGUAUGGGUAGCUUUGCCGAGACGGAUGAUUUGGAUGGGCCAAGUAUGGCCGAGGGCGAUGAUUCAAUGGCUGGCGUGAUUUAUGGCACCGAGGACGACAUGACGGAGGAGGAAAGGCGUCUGAGCCUGCCUAGCAUCAAAGCUCAGCACGUCGCAGGGCAAGGCAGUAUGGAUGGAUACAACCCCCAUGCUCGGACUUACCCGCCGGCAGGCCCCCGGCCCGGCACCACGGGCGGCCUGUACCCGCCGAACGUCGACCGUGGCGCGUCGAGCACAAACACAUCCCCCAGCAUGCCCAACAGCAUCGCUGGAGGCCACACGCCGAACACGAGCGUGUCAUCCAUGCCCGUAAGUGGUGGCUCCAUCUACUCGCAGAGUGGCAUGACGGAAAGCCCAAAGCCUUUGAGCCCUGGAGCUGCGCAUGACACAAACAACAUUGCGAGACAACGAUCUCCAAGUCUCACACAACAAUUCCAGCAGCAACACUUCGGCCGCAGGCCAUCUGAGAGGAACACCUCACCAGCAUUCGCCGCUCCGGCUGGUGCACCGGCGGGGGCCACUCAUGCUCGCAGCGCAAGCGGCCAUGCCGGAAGUGGGGCCGAAAACGGAAAUAACAUGUUUGCCUCAGAUCCCGGUCUAUGGGCGUAUGUCCAGAACCUGGAGGACAAGGUUAAACAACUGUCUGAUAAGAUCACGGCAUUCGAAAAGGCAGACACUGCGAAGCAGGCGCAGAUCGGACUGCUCACAAGUGAGGUCACGGGGCUCAAGAAGCAGUUGGAAGCCCGCGAGGCCGAAAUGACGGAAGUCAAAGCAUAA